CCAGCAUAACUCCCCUAAGGCAAGGAAGCUCUUCCCGCAGUCUGCACACCAGACGCUGAUAUGUCAAUUCCCAACAAUUCUAAACAGUUACUUUCCUGUCGGAGGGCAGUUUUCUUUGCUUCCUCGCCUCCCCUUUAAGCGCAGGACGCCGUUACUAAAGCGGUCGGAGAAGCGGGCAAACCGAAUUGCUCCGGCGGCAACAAUAGUGACGGCUGUCGGUUCCACUUCGGGUCUUGUAGAAUCAUGGCGUUUGCUUGCUUGGAAGAUCCAACAUUGGAGAGGCAUUUCAAAGGCCACCGAGAUGCAGUAACUAGUGUGGAUUUCAGUCUAAAUAAUAAACAGCUAGUAAGUGGCUCUAUGGAUUCGUGUUUGAUGAUCUGGAGUAUGAAACCGCAAAUGAGAGCUUAUCGCUUUGUGGGUCACAAAGAUGCAGUAAUGAGUGUGCAUUUUUCACCGUCUGGCCAUCUGAUUGCUUCAGGUUCCAGGGACAAAACGGUUCGCUUGUGGGUUCCAAGUGUCAAGGGAGAAUCAACUGCAUUCAAGGCUCAUACAGCAACGGUCAGGAGUGUUCACUUUUCUAGUGAUGGCCAGUCGUUGGUUACAGCCUCCGAUGACAAAACAGUUAAAGUGUGGGCUGUCCACAGACAAAAAUUCUUAUUCUCAUUAAGUCAGCACAUAAACUGGGUUCGUUGUGCUAAAUUUUCCCCUGAUGGAAGAUUGAUAGUAUCAUCCAGUGAUGACAAAACUGUCAAACUUUGGGAUAAAGCAAGCAGAGAAUGUAUACAUUCUUUCUGUGAACAUGGUGGGUUUGUACCUCACGUGGACUUUCACCCUAGUGGUACAUGUAUUGCUGCAGCGGGCACAGACAACACAGUGAAAGUAUGGGAUGUUAGGAUGAAUAGGCUUCUGCAACAUUAUCAAGUCCACAGUGCUUCAGUGAAUUGCCUCUCCUUUCACUCCUCUGGAAACUACCUCAUUACUGCUUCUAAUGAUUCAACUCUAAAAAUACUGGAUUUACUAGAGGGGAGGCUACUAUACACCCUUCAUGGCCACCAGGGACCAGCUACCUCCGUUACUUUUUCAAGAUCGGGAGACUUCUUUGCUUCUGGAGGCUUUGAUGAGCAGGUAAUGGUUUGGAAAACAAACUUUGAUGCUGCUGAUUAUGGCGAUGUACUGCAAACACAGAAAUGCAAUAUGAAUGUGAAUGGCGCCGACUCCGGUGAUGGGCUGAAAAUGCGGAGAUCUGGUAUGAAUGUGAAUGGCUCUUUUAACAGUGUGAAACCAAUGGAUACUGGCAGUAGAGAUAUUGAAAAAUCUAGAAUUUACAGACAAGAAAAGCAAUCCGAGAUGGAUUUUGGGGAAGUUCCAGAUAAACAAAUGCAAGAAACUGAAACUGCAGAAUUGGUCAGAAGGCGGCAAGAACAAAUUGAUGAGGCCAGUCUUGCCAGCACCCUCCAGCAUAUUGUAGGACAGCUGGAUGUUCUCACUCAGACUGUUUCCAUUCUAGAACAAAGAUUAACAUUAACAGAAGACAAGCUGAAGGAAUGCCUUGAGAAUCAACAAAAGAUUGCUCAAACUAAAUCCAACUAAUUCCUCAGGGAGCUGAUGAAGCCAGCCUUGUUGGGGUGUGAGUGUGUGCAUUCUGAGCAUGUAGUAUGACUGGUUUAUAAAGUGAAAACAUUUCCUGUUCUAUUAGAAUAAAUUGUACAGCUAAUGGUGCCUGUAAAUACACUUUUGUUCAGAUUAAAGUUUCCUUUCUUACUA